UAAAACCAGUAGGAGCCAUUUCCUCAUCAGUUCACUACCUUUCUAUAUCCACUAUCUCUAUCACACAGAAUUAAGAAUAAGAAUAAUAAUAAUAAUAAUAAUGCUAUCUCUGGUUUUUUCACCACCAUCAUCAUCAUCUUCGUAUCCUAACUUCAAUUUUCGUAAUGAUUCGUUGGUCUCUCUCUCAUCUCUGUUCUCGGACCGUCUUCUACCUCAAAGUCGAAGUAUUCUUUUCCCUUGUUAUUAUGCUUUCUAUAUAAUGGAAAAUUCCCUUCCAGGAAAACCCAGCUUUAAUGGACAAAGAAGAAAUUAUGAAAAUCUUGGAUGCUCUACACUAAAGUGCAGACUUGCCAGGGCCAAAGUGCCUCCUUCCCCAAGUCCUGAUACACUGGUGAGAGAACCUCACAAAUAUUUUGAUCAGGUUAUCAUUACAGUUCGUUCUGGGGAUGGAGGUCAUGGUGCCGUUCUUGGUAUGCCUAACCAAAGGGUUCCUUCAAAGUCACAAGGAAAACUUGAGAAGGAGAAAACGAGGAAGAAGAGUUUGUAUAAAAGAGAUUUUGAUGGGUCUCUUAUCCUUCCUAUGGGUGGACAUGGAGGGGAUGUUGUAAUUUAUGCAGAUGAGGGCAAAGAUACAUUGUUGGAGUUUCACAAAAAGAGCCGCUACAAAGCAAAGCGUGGGGGAAAUGUUGAUGCAAUGGGUGUUUUGACAUCUCUGGUCAAUGGUGGACUUGCUGCCCCGACACUGCGUAUUCCAGUACCUUUAGGUACGGUUGUAAAACAUAAACGAGGGAAACUAUUGGCAGAUCUAGCAAAUCCAGGUGAUGAGAUUCUUGUUGCAAGAGGUGGACAAGGAGGGAUCAGCUUGUUAGAAGUGCCAGAGUAUAGAAGAAAAAAACUAAUGGCUUCAACCACAAAUGUGAUGAGAGAUGACAGUGAUAAGGUUCUAGUACUUGGUCAGCCUGGGGAGGAGAUUAGUUUAGAGUUGAUUCUAAGAGUUGUUGCUGAUGUUGGUAUUGUAGGACUCCCUAAUGCUGGAAAAUCAACCCUAUUGGCAGCCAUAACAGGCGCAAAACCUGAUAUUGCGGAUUAUCCUUUCACAACGUUAAUGCCAAACCUUGGACUCCUUGACGGCGACUCUAGUUUAGGGCCAGGGAAGUUUUCAUCUGAAGCAACGUUGGCAGAUCUGCCUGGUCUUAUUGAGGGAGCUCAUCUAGGGAAGGGUCUUGGUCGCAAAUUUUUGAGACACCUGAGAAGGACUAGAUUGUUGGUCCAUGUUGUUGAUGCUGCUGCUGAGGAUCCUGUUAAUGACUAUAGAACUAUAAAAGAAGAACUGCGUUUGUAUAAUCCUGAUUAUCUUGAACGACCAUAUAUUGUUGUGUUAAAUAAGAUUGAUCUUCCUGAGGCAAGUGAUAGGCUUCCAUCUUUGACUCGAGAAAUAUUGAGAAUUGGUAGUAAUGAGGUACCUUCUCCACCAGAGACGUCCUCUCUAGAUGAACAAUCGCCAUCUGCCGAGGGUCAAACUGUAAAUGUUCUUUCUUCAGAGGUCUCUGAUACAAGUAGGAUCGUUAAAGAAAUUGAAGAUUAUCCACGCCCUGCUGCUGUUGUGGGUGUUAGUGUUCUAAAAGGUAUCAGGAUAAAGGAGAUGUUGAAAGAGAUAAGGGCAUCCCUGCGAAAGUGCCGAGAUUCCAAAGAGGCAUUGGAAUCGAAUGUGCAAGUGUGAGAGCUUCAACAGCAGUGAAUGAUUUUGACAGUAGUCUUCCAUCUUCAAUCGCUGGCCUGUCUGUCCGGUAAAUUACAUAUGUCUGGAUUUUGAAUGUGUUACUGUGGGGGAGCUGUAUCAUCCAUUUGCCCCUACAAAGUUGCAGGUUCACCUCGGCCAUGUCAGAAAUGUAUAGUCGGCAUUCAGUUCUCCACUAUCCCACUACCGCUGCUUGGCUCCUUGCUAUUUUUAUAUAUCUACCACCUUGAGGCCAUUGGCACCGUCAAAAUCCUAUGGAUUCCUACUUAGCCUGUUAAUUGUAGUAUUAAUUAUUUAGUCUUGUCGUUGAUUAUGUCCAGCAUUUUUGUGCUAGUGGGAGGUGCCAAAACCGGUUUUUAUUCAGUUGACCGGAACACUGGGAUUUUGUUAUGUGCAAUCAGAUUAUAGAUGGAACAUUUUAAUAAUUAA